UGAUUAGAAACUACAAAAUAAUAUUGCAUUAUUCUAUUGCCUUGAAAAACGUAAAUAUAGGAAACAAUAUCAGAAAACAACUGAAUCUGAUAGAUUAGUGUUGUGGGAAAUUAAGACGGAGUAAGGGAAAGUGAUUUGAAUUUCCUUACUGUCAAACCGCUAUUAAUUAAUUUGUUUGAUUGAAUAAUUCUUUAAGAUUUAAAUGAUUUUAAAGAAAAAUGGAUGAUGACAGUGUAUUAACUACUUUAAAAAUCCUUAUUAUCGGAGAAAGUGAUGUGGGAAAGUCAAGUUUACUUCUAAGAUUUACUGAUGAUGUUUUUGAUCCAGGUUUAGCAGCAACUAUUGGUGUGGAUUUCAAAGUUAAAACUGUUUCUGUUGAUGGAAAUAAAGCAAAACUUGCUAUUUGGGAUACAGCUGGUUCUGAAAGAUUCCGAACAUUAACUCCAAGUUAUUACCGAGGGGCUCAGGGAGCCAUUUUAGUGUAUGAUGUAACAAAUCGUCAAAGCUUUAUGAAAUUAGACCAAUGGCUGUAUGAACUGGAAACCUAUUCCACAAGAACAAACAUUGUAAAAAUGCUUGUUGGAAAUAAAAUUGAUAAGGAAAACCGUGCUGUAAGUCGAGAAGAAGGAAUGAAAUAUGCCCGAAAACACUCCAUGUUAUUCAUUGAAGCCAGUGCAAAAACAUGUGAUGGUGUACAAUGUGCAUUUGAGGAACUGGUUGAAAAGAUUUUGCAAACACCUGGUCUCUGGGAAUCAGAAAAUCCUCAAGGUUUCUCUCUUACAGAUUUAAGUAAUAAAACUGAAGGCACAUGCUCAGGAUAUUGCACUCUGAUAUGAUUGAGAUAAACAUUCUCAAUAUCAACACGUGACAAUUUGUUUGUGAUGUAUGAAAAGUUGACUGAAACUUUUUAUCAUCUAGAGCUAUUAUCAGUCAUAAUUUAAGGCCUUUCCUGCUUCUGUAAAUUUGUUUGUGUGCAACUAUUUAUCAUUCUUUUUUAAAAUAAUUAUUAAUAUGUUGUAUCUUUUAAUAAAUAAUCAAUGUGAUGUGAAUUGUCAGCUCUAAUGACUGUAAUGUUCACAUUUUUUUAUUUCCAAUUCCAUGGAAUUUAGAUAGUUGUAUUUAAAUGGAUAUAUUGACUUUCAUAGAGUAUAUAUAAUUAUGGUAGAAAUUAUCAUUUUACCUCUUUUAUAUAUCAUAAUUUUUUUUCCUUGCACCUUUUUUGUUUUAAAAAGCAAAAGAUAUAUGUUUGUAAAGCAAAUCCCAUUGCAAGUUUUCCAAGCUUUUGUGAAAGAUGUUCAUCAUAUAAGGAUUUAAAAGAAACAAAUUUGUAAAACAAAAGUUGUAAAUAAUAAUAAAAAUGUCUGUUUUUCUCAGAAAAUAUUUGGUUAAUACAGUGCUUUAAUAAAUUUUCUAAUUCAACAUCAUCUUUUAAGAUUUUUUAAUUUCUUGUAUUUUUAAUCACAAAUAGAUUGAAGUUUUUCUUUCAUUACAAAAUUAGUAUCAUAAUAUUAAAGAUGAAGAUUGCAUAUGUUACUUCAUUAGGAUCAUUGUUAUCUAUUGAUGGUUGAAUUAUGUUACCUACACAUCCAGUUUGCUAAUUUUUUUUUAAUACCCUAUAUCUCCUUAUCUUUUAAGUAUAUCUAUUGAUUUUUGAAUUAGUUAUUAUUAAUCAUGUUUAAAUUUCAUUAGUUUUGUAAAUUGACAUACAAGCCUUAUGAUUGGAUGGAAUCAAAUAAUAAGAUAUCCACUACAACUUCAUAAAUUUUGAGUUCACUAUUGUGAAUUGCACAAAAAUGUGUGUAAUUUGCUAUGCAAAACUGUAUUAACUUCAACCCAUCACACCACAUAUUAUUUAUAAUGCAGUAUUAGAAUUUUUUUGUUGUGCAAAUAUCUAUAUCUUGAAAUGCUUACAUUUGAAUUGAUUUUCAAAUUCAUAAUUUACUGCAAAGAAAUUGGAAAAUGCGAGGUGUUUUUGGUUAAUCAAAGAAAGAAUUUUAAAUUUCCUAGGGAUUUACAAAAUAACAGCCUAGUUCUUUUUGAAAUCGUUAUCAAUAUGAAAAGUGAAGAUAUAAAUUAAAAAAAAAAAAAAAAACUGCAGGGGUAGGAAACCUUAUUUAGUUGCUACCUCAAAAACCAUAUACAUCUGCAUUUUCCAACCAUGUUAAAGCAACAUACAAAAUUGUUUGAUGCUUUAUAUAUUUUUAUCUUCUGUGAUAAUUUUAUUCAUUAAAUUUUUUUAGUUAUC